AUGCUCUACAGUGAUCGUCUCAUUGCUGAACUGAGCGAUGAUUCUGACGACUCGGAGGUCAUCACGCCAAUACCAAUUGAAGGCUCAUCCCUACGCCCACCUCAGCGACCUUCUUCGCAUGGAAUCCAGUUCGAAACGUGUAAACAUGUGUUUUGUGGAGCCUGCCUUGCGCAAGCGAUCUAUCAUGCUCUCAACUUUGCAUUUGACCCCGCAAACUAUGGGACAAUCUUAGAGGAGUUGCCACUCGCAGCCCAGGGAAUGGAACCAGAGUUCCCGAUAUGCUGUCCACAAUGUCGCGGGAGGGCUGGGGAACAAGCGCCAGAAAUCAGCGAUCGCAUAGCGCAGUUGGUUCUGGGCCCAGGAAACAUGGAGGAAUGGAGUCAUCAGAGAUAUUUGUCCAAGUUAAACCUGAUUUAUUGCCCACAUAAAAACUGCGGGGAGCAGUUCGACGCGGAUGACGUUGACGCUUGCCUUAUAGUUGCUUGGCCUUUUUCUCACGAAGCCUCCAAGAUUGCGCCUGCGCCUACUAGUAGUGGAGUCCAACAUGCACUGACACUCGCACAAUGCCCGCGAUGCGGAGCCUCUCUUUGCAAGAGCUGCAAAUCCGUAUGGCAUGAAAAGUUGACUUGCGAAGCAUACCAGGCACUACCUUUGAACGAACGUGCCCCGGAGGAUAUAGCAUUUACUGACUUGGCCCAGCAGGAGAAAUGGAGACGGUGUCCAAAGUGUUCGGCAAUGGUUGAGCUCAAGUCUGGCUGCAACCACAUAACGUGUGUGUGCAAACAUCAUUUCUGCUAUCAAUGCGGCGCCGAUUUCGAGCACACCAAUGGCAGGUAUCGUUGCACAGGAGGGAGAGGUUGCGAAGUUUGGAAGGAGCAGAAUCUGCUGGAUCACAAGUAA